GUGUUACAGGCUGUUACACGUUGUUUCAUCGGGUUGCACGGUGUUACCGAGUGUUACACGGUGUUUCAUGGUGCUACACGUUGUUACGGGUUAUACGGUUCAAUGUAACACCGUGUAACACCAUGUAACACCACGAAACACCAUGUAACACCCUGUAACACCAUGUAACACCCUGUAACACCAUGCAACACAAUGAAACACCGUGUAACACCAUGUAAAACCGUAUUGCUAUGUAACACCCUGUAAAACCAUGUGACACCAUGUAACACACUGUAACACCAUACAACACCGUGAAACACCAUGUAAAACCCUGUAACACCCUGUAACACCAUUUAACACCGUGUAACACCCUGUAAUACUAUGUAACACCCUGUAACACCGUGUAACACCCUGUAACAACAUGUAACACUAUGUUGUUACAAGGUGUUAUAUGGUGUUACAGGGUGUUACAUAGUAAUACGGUUUUACAUAGUGUUACACGUUGUUUCAUGGUGUUACACCAUGUUACAUGGUGUUACAGGGUCUUACAUGGGGUUAAAGCGUGUUACACGGUGUUACAUGGUGUUACAGGGUGUCACAUGGUAUUAAAGGGUGUUACAUGGUGUUACAGGGUGUUGUUACAGGGUGUUAAACGGUGUUACAGGGUGUUACAUGGUGUUACAUAAUAUUACAGGGUGUUACGUGGCGUUGCACGGUGUUACACGGAGUUACAUAAUGUUACACGGUGUUACAUGGUGUUACACAUUGUUACAUGAUGUUAUAUAAUGUUACAGGAUGUUACAUGGUGUUACACGGUGUUUCAUGGUGUUAAACGAUCGUGCAGAGUGUUAUAUGGUGUUACAGAGUUCGUCAGGUGUUUCAUGGUGUUCCACGGUGUUCCAGGGUGUUACAUGGUGUUUCAUGGUGUAACACGAUCUUAGAAGGUGUUACAAUGGUUUUACGGUGUUUCAUGGUGUUACACUGUGUUACACGGUGUUACAGGGUGUUAUGUAGCAUGUUUUGUUAACAUGCUAUGUUACGCGGUGUUACAUAGUGUUACAGGGUGUUACGUGGUGUUACAAGGUGUUACAUGGUGUUACACUGUGUUACAUGGUGCUACAGGGUGCUACACGGUGUUACAUGGUGUUACAGGGUGUUUCAUGGUGUUGCACAGGGUUACAUAGUCUUAAAGGGUGUUACAUGGUGUUACACGGUGUUACAUAAUGUUACAGAGUGUUACGUAGUGUUACAUAAUGUUACAGGGUGUUACGUGCUGUUACACGCUGUUACAAGGUGUUACAUAGUGUUAGACGGUGUUACAUAAAGUUACACAGUGUUACAUGGUGUUACAGGGUGAUACAUGGUGUUACAUAAUGUUACACAGUGUUAAAUGGUGUUAAAGGGUGUUACUCGGUGUUACAUAAUGUUACACGGUGUUACAUGGUGUUACAGGUUGUUACACGGUGUUACAUAGUGUUACAGGGUGUUAAACGGUCUUACAUGAUGUUACACGGUGUUACAGGGUGUUACACGGUGUUUCGUAGUGUUAAAUGAUCCUGCAGGGUGUUACAUGGUGUUACAGGGUUCUUUAGGUGUUACAUGGUGUUUCAUGGUGUUACACGUUUUUACAAGGUGUUACAAUGGUUUUACGCUGUUUCAUGGUGUUACACUGUGUUACAUGGUGUUACACUGUGUUAUAUGGUGUUACAGAGUGUUACGUAAAAUGUUAGGUUACAGGGUGUUACAUGGUGGUACAGGGUUUUACACGGUAUUACAUGCUGUUACAGGGUGUUGCACGGUGUUUCGUGGUGUUACACGAUCUUACAAGGAGUUAGACGGUUUUACAGGGUGCUUCACGGUGUUUCAUGGUGUUACACUGUGUUACAUAGUCUUACAAGGUGUUACAUGGUGUUACACGGUGUUACAUGGUCUUACAUGGUGUUACACAUUGUUACAAGGUGUUACAUGGUGUUACACGGUGUUACAUAGUCUUACAAGGUGUUACAUGGUGUUACAUGAUCUUACAAGG